UCAUCCAUCCUUCAUGCCUGCGCUCUCUGCUCAGGGCUGAGGGGAAGAUCUCGUAGAUCCGGGCGGAGAGAAGCCCCUCCCCGCAGAUCACUACACUCCUCGAUGGUCCUUUUAACUUCAUUGCUGGAGCAGAAGCAACGCCCCGAAGGAUCAAACACCCCCUCUGAUCUGCACGACCCUCACUUUUGUUCUCAUGGAAAUCAGAGCCAGCCUCCCGGCCACACUUUCUGCAGAGAUCCAAAGUUAAAGGCGCAUUCCCGGCCGGGACAGCUCGUGAUCAUGAUGUUUCGGUGGAGCUGAUCGUUUCUCCCCUUGUGCGUGUAUUCUUUGUCGCUGUUUCUUGCCGCCGCUCUCUAACCGGACACUUUUUUUGUUUUCCUUUCCAACAUGCUGGAUUUGACGCAGGGCAUUGUUUUCUGCGCGCUCCUCGCCUCCGUAUACGCUUCUUGCCCUCCUCGCUGCGAGUGCUCAGAGGCGGCUCACACCGUGAAGUGUGUCUCCAAAGACCUGCAGAGUAUCCCGGCUGGGAUCCCGGGAUACACGAGGAAUCUGUUUAUAACGGGGAAUCAGAUCAGCCGGAUCGGUCCGGAGUCUUUCAAAGGGUUGGAGAAUGUUACCAACCUAUCUCUGAGCAAUAACAGAAUUUCUGAGGUGGAAUCCCUCACCUUCAAAGGACUGCACAGGCUUCGCUCUCUGGAUCUGAGCAACAACCAGCUGGCUGUUAUUCAUCCCGAGGCCUUUGCCGUCCUGAACCAGUCUCUGCGGGAGCUCAACCUGAGCCGAGCCCUCUACAACCACUCUGCAGUGACCAGCUUGAGCACGGCUUUCCACUGGAGCUCCCUGGAGACCCUGAGAGCACUGGACCUGUCGGACAACAGUCUCAUCUUUUUGCCCCCGCGCAUUUUCUCCUACCUGAGCAGCUUGCGGAUGCUCCGGCUUUCCAACAACUCCCUGGUGGCCAUCCACAACUCCACCCUUUCGGGUUUAGAGCAGCUGGAGGUGCUCGACCUGACGCUCAAUGCCCUCAAGACUCUGUCAGAAGAGGGCCUCCAAGAGCUGGACUCCCUGCCCAGAGCUGCUCUCCUGCUGGGAGAGAACCCGUUCAUGUGCACAUGUGGAAUUGAACCUUUUGCUCAGUGGCUCAACAGGUCACAGAAUCGCAUCAGAGACGUCGAGAGCCUCGCGUGCGUCUUCCCGGCCAGCAUGAGAAACACGUCCUUGCUUGCCGUGGGGACGAUGACUCUGGGAUGCCACGAGAGAGAUGCUGCCGCAGAUCUCGCUCUGCAGACCUCUUAUGUCUUCUUGGGUAUAGUCCUGGGCUUUAUCGGCCUCAUCUUCCUCUUUGUACUCUACCUCAACCGCAAAGGCAUCAAGAAGCGCAUCUAUGACAUGCGAGACGCCUGCAGGGAGGUGUGGGAAGGCUACCAUUACCGCUUCGAAAUGGACUCUGACCCCAGGUUAUCACAGGUCUCCAACAGCGCUGAUGUGUGAGAGGACAUUUUGCUGUAUUUUCUGAUGAGACAGACUUUCUUACCCCCACACACAUAUAUAUA